AGCCGUCUCGGCCGCUGCGGUUUCCGCGCGGGCCAGCGGCGCGCGGCUCUCGUCCCGGGCGCGCGCGAGGCGCGCGAGGCGCGGCGCGCGCGAGGCCCCCCCGCCUCGGGCCCUUUCCUCCCCCACCACGGGGCCCCUCCCGCCCCUGGCAGAGCAACGGGGCGACAUGGCGACGGCGGCCUCGGCCGCGAGGAUGGCCGCGGCGGCCUCGGCGGCGGGCCUGCCGCAGCUCCAGAGGAAGAGGCUGCAGGUGACGAAGGACGUCGUACCUCCAGGUCUCCGAUGUCUAGACUACUGGCAGAUCAUGGACUACUGGAAGAUCUUCGACAAGAAUGGUGAUGGCUUGAUGGACAAGAACGAGUUCUACUUCCUGAUGAACCGCAUGAACUCCGACCCAGUGGAGACGGACCUCAGCGACCAGAUGUUCGACUGCGUCGACGUGGACAGGAGCGGGGAGAUUGACUGCGAGGACGGAGGGUUCCUCAGCUGGAUCUUCCAGAUGUACGCUCCCUACAGCGGCGGCCUGCGAGAACGUCUUGGCGACAUGAACCCAGCCCAGGUGGUGGAUUAUUUCAGGAGGAUCGACACCAACGGGAACGGCGAGCUCGACAAGAGCGAGUUCUGGACCUUCAUCACGAGGUUCUGCCCCGAGGCCCACCUGACGGCCAGGGAGGCCAGCGACCUCUUCGACGUCAUCGACAAGGACCGACGGCUCUGGGGAGAUCGACGCCACAGAGUUUGUCAAGUGGG